CGCCCACCGCGCCUCUCCUGCCGCAAUCGCCGCCGCCGGGACCGCUCCUGGAGAAAGCGGCGCCGGGGAGGCCGCGCUGGACCGGGCGCCGCAGCCAUGCUGGGCAAGGACUACAUGCUGGCCAUCGUGCUCGUCAACUGCGACGACAACCUCUGGAGUGACCAGAACCUGGAGGCAGAUCCUGACCUCCCCUCAGGCUGGAGGAAAAUCCAUGAUUCUUUGGGCACCUACUACUGGCAUGUGCCAACUGGCACAACACAGUGGCAGCACCCUGCACGCGCCACUGGUCUAGGAGGGCAUCUGACAGCUGAUGGAGAUGAGACACGCCACAGAAUGGUAGAAGAUGUGGGCAGAGAGGACUGCCAGACCCCUGAGGCAAAGCACUUGGCAAAGGACAGGCCCAUUUCUAGUCCCAUGGCUUCACUGUCCCGGAGGACCUCACUGCCCUGGCAUGGAGAUGAUGUCCAGCACAGCACAGAGCCUGGCUCCAAGUGCUUUGCUGUGCGCUCGCUGGGCUGGGUGGAGAUCCCCGAGGAGGACCUGGCACCUGGCAAGAGCAGCAUUGCUGUCAACAACUGCAUCCAGCAGCUUUCCAACAGUAAGGGCCAGGGCUCUGUGGAGAACAGAGGCGAGGGCCAGGACCUGGUGAUGAUCCUGAAGAAGGACACCAUGAGCCUGGUGGACCCCCUUGACCACAGCCUCAUCCACCAUCAGCCCAUCCUCAACAUCCGUGUCUGGGGUGUUGGUUGCAACAAUGGCAGGGACAGCCUGUGGUCUUGCAGAGACUUUGCUUUUGUGGCCAGUGACAAGGACACCUGUGUCCUCAAGUGUCAUGUCUUCCACUGCAAUGUGCCUGCCAAGGGCAUCGCCAAGGCCCUGCAUGAGAUGUGCUCCAAGAUUGUGGCUGAGCGAGCUGUAGCAAGCAGUGGGCUGUCACGUGCUGCCACGCUGGAACCCGUCUCCACUGAUGAUCUGCCCCUGCAAGUGAAUAUCCUGGAAGAGGUGAGGCAGUCAAUGCAGACUUACGAGGCACUGUACAUUGGGAGCCUGCCUGUGCCCAAGGCUAUGGGGAUGGAUGUGCUGAAUGAGGCCAUUGAGAAGCUGAUGAGAGGCCCCGGGCGUGAGCAGUGGACACCCUCCCUGAUCCACGUGUCUGACACAGCCAUGAGGGUGCACCCUACGCAGGAAGAUGCGACUGCAGCGCACAUUUGGGAGUGCCAGGUGCGGUACGUGACCUUCCUGGGCGUGGGCCGGGACGCCCACACCUUCGCACUCAUCGUGGACAUGGGGCGGCGCUUCCAGUGUGCAGCCUUCUGGUGUGAGCCUGAUGCUGGCACCAUCUCGGAGGCGGUGCAGGCAGCCUGCAUGGUGCAGUACCAAAAAUGUCUGGUGGCCGCCGCACCAGAGGCUAAGGCGAAAAAAGGCCGAGGCCGGGCCGGGUCAGCAGCCUCGGGGGACGCUGCCGGUGGCGCAGCCAAGGCGAGCGGGGGCAGCGUGGGGGCCAGGGGGUCCGGUACCUUCAAGCGGGGCCUCUUCGCCUUCCUGGAGGCCUUCCGCCUCAGGCGAGCCCUCCUCCACACUCCGUAGAG